UAGCCGCUGAGUCCGCGCUUCGCUUCAGUCUUCAGUCUGCAAGAAAUGUCCCGUUUGUACCGAUCAACGGAUCAAGAAGCUGCUCCGGAGUUCUUCUCCAGGUCAGUUACUUACCGACUAUUAGGACUCAAAGAAAUGAAUCGACGGUGCUGAUCCGCGGACUGCUACACAACAUCACGAAAUUUCCUCUGGGCCGGCCGCAGUGCCAGUGAACGUAAAGAAGGGUCCAUAACAGUUGUUGGUUAGAUCAAACAGAGAAGCUAGUGACUGAGGUAUGGCGGACGCUGAGGCACCAGCUGGCGAUGCGGCAGCUGCAGGAGCUGAAGGUGGAGAGGCGGCAGCAGCAUCGCAGGCCAAGGACACAGCAAGCGAUUUCCGCCGAGCAUUCAACUUUCCACUUCUUCGGCAUUCUGAUAUGAACGAGGAGAUGCGAACAGAGGUGAUGGAACUAUGUGUCACUGCUGCAGAAAAGCAUGCAGCUAAUAUGGAGUAUAUGGCAAGAAUGAUCAAGGAAACUGUGGACAAGAAGUUUGGUCCGGCUUGGCAUGUUGUUGUUGGUGAGGGCUACUCAUUCGAAGUCACCCAUGAAGAGAAGAACAUCCUUUACAUGUACUUUGGAGGACAGGUCGGGAUGUUGGUGUGGAAGUGCUCCUGAUCGGGCUGAACCAAGCCGCUAUGCUCAACUUGCCUGGCCACGUCGCAGGUCCUGUCCUGUGGACUGCCCUGGACAGGGUCAAGAACUGAGCAGGCACCUGACCAGUGUAUGGUGCAUACCAAUGUACACAAUCCUUCAGAACAGCACGAUAAUACACACCUGCCCGGAAUUGGCAUCUGCCCGUACACUGCGUACGACUAGCACAAAGGCCAGGGCACGCUAUGCGGCCUAUAAAGACAAGGAGAGGGAUAAUGCUAUUUACUUGGGCACACGCAAACCGCAACGUCAAACGCUGACCGAGGUAUUUUUGUUUUAGGAUAUGAGUCUGGACUAGAAUUCAGUUGUACAAUUAUAAAACCAUGUCAGAAACUUUGAUUGAGUUACCAUUGUUAGCAACACUGAGGGAGGACGGUGGUGCACAGUCAUGUAGGCGUGUACAUUAUGAACUUGUUAAAAGUGGUUUUUGCCGGGCAACAUACCCACUUGCAUUUUUUCAGGUUGACACUUGAUCACCAGUUGCUGGCUGCCAAUGAAUGUUGCUAAGACAGCUGAUGUAGUUUAUGACUUUUACCUGCAUGUAAAUGUGCUUCCAAAAAGUACCUAGCAUUUGA